AUGUCGAGCCUCACUGGAAAAGACGCAGUGCGUAAAUCGGUCACAUCGUGUGACGUGAUUGUCGUGGAUGAAACUAUGCACGCAUGCAAAGCAAUCCUAGAUAUGAAUCAAAUCAGUUCACGAGUUUCUUUAUCAGUGUUUCUAAUGGUAUGUUCGUUACGAGUAACAGGAAGUCUUGUCGUUCCAUUAAAUGGCGUCAACAUUGAAUCAAUACUUCGUGAUUAUGAAAUAGUGUUUGUGAACUUUUAUGCUGAUUGGUGUCGGUUCUCUCAGCAUUUAAUGCCAAUAUUUGAAGAAGCUAGUAAUCGAUUCAAAGAUCGAGGGAAUGCAGUUGCUUGGGCUACUGUAGACUGUGACAGAGAAGCUGAUAUUGCGCAGAAAUAUCACGUAAGCAAAUAUCCUACACUGAAACUAUUUCGGGGUGGUGAACUUGUUAAGAAGGAAUACAGAGGACAACGAUCCGUGGAUGCUUUAACAGUCUUUAUCGAGAAACAGUUGGUUCCAGGCAUACAGAAUUUCUCAUCAAAUGCUGAACUGGAUAAUCAGAUUAACCUGAGGAAAUUUAACGUCAUAGCUUACUUCGAUCAAGCAGCUGGUCCAGAAUUUGAGAAUUAUCGCAAGGUUGCAUCUCUGCUCCGCGAUGAUUGUGUAUUUUGGUUCGGUACUGGUGAAGUCUUUCGACCUGAAUUGCAGAAAGGCAACAGGCUUGAAUUUAGGCCUCCAAAUAGCAAUGAAAGGGUUGAAUAUACUGGAGGACUUGCAAAUCUAGAAACUUUAAAACAGUGGAUAGUGGAUAAAUGUGUGCCGCUUGUUCGCGAAAUAACUUUCGAAAAUGCUGAAGAAUUGACAGAAGAAGGCCUUCCCUUCCUUAUUCUAUUUCGCCAUCCAGAUGAUAUACAAAUUGACCAAAUUUUCACAGAACAAGUUGCUCGUGAACUUUUCGACCAGAAAUCUAGUAUUAACUGUUUAUAUGCCGAUGGUAAGAAAUUUGUGCAUCCUCUGCAGCAUCUCGGUAAAACGAUGGAAGAUUUGCCUGUCCUUGCAAUAGAUUCCUUUCGCCAUAUGUAUCUUUUCCCGGACAUGAAAUUAUUAACUGUGCCUGGAAAAUUACGCCAGUUUAUUUUGGAUUUACAUUCGGGGAAAUUGCAUCGAGAAUUUCAUCACGGUCCUGAUCCGACGCAAGCUCCUCUCUCAUCAGCAUCAUCUGAAGCUGCACUUGAGAAGGAAGCGAAAGGAACGGACAAAUUACAACCACCAACGAGUAUAUUCAAGCAGUUGAAACCAUCGGAAACGCGUUACUCGCUGUUGUACAAGGAUGAAUUAUGAGGUCUUAUUAUCCAUGUUACAAAACAUUUCCUAGUCGUUACAAGCAUUUUAUUCGUUGCAGUUUGAUUCAGUUGUUCUGUUUAUAAGGAUGAGCUUUUUUUGUAUGGAAUUUGUGCUCUUUUUUUCCUGUUCAAACAGUGUAUGGGAGACUGGGUUACGUUGGGAAUAUUGAAAAUCAG